CCCCGCUCCCUCGCUCCCCAGUGGCCCAGCACUCCCUAUCCCGGAGCUCGGGCGUCGGGGCCUUGCACUCGCUACGCAGGGGCCCUCGGGGCGCCGCGAGCCUGGGUCCAGCCCUCUGCCGGAGAGGCGCGACCGACCUUCCUGCCCCGAAGAGCCGGCCCGACCUCCUCUGACUCGCGCUCUGCAGGUUCUUGCUUUUCCAAACAGAGAGGGCAGUGCAUGAAGCCAGGGGUCAUCAGCCAUGCUCCAGACAUGGUCCCAGGAAUCUGUGACCUUUGAGGAUGUGGCCGUGUAUUUUACCCAGAACCAAUGGGCCAGCCUGGAGCCUGCUCAGAGGGCCUUGUACAGGGAGGUGAUGCUGGAGAAUUAUGCAAAUUACGUAACUUCCUCGGCAGAAUUUCCAUUCCCCAAACCAGAGCUGAUAUUCCAGCUGGAGCGAGGGGAAGCACCAGGGGUUCUGGAUCCCUGGACACCCGUCAGGGGAGAGAACCUGAGAGGUGUCUGCACAGGUGGUAAAACCAAGACUAAGAAUGGAGGGCAAACUCCAGAGCUGAGCAUUCCUAAAGGACCAGAAUCACACAGACCAGUAGUGGAGGUGCUGCUGGUGGGUGUUCCCCAGCACCCUCACUUUGAGAACAGCUUAGAGAAGCUGCAGCUGUAUGAUACAGGGAAGAAAACAAACUCAAAGAAUGGUGAUUUCACAGAUUUUCCAGUCCAGGAUCAUACAUCCUCCACUGUUGAAAGAGAAGAGAUAGCCAGACGAUUGGAAGGAAGAUGUGGUGUCCACACACAUCUCAUUGCAAAGCAGGGCCUCCCUAGGGAACAGGUAUUUUAUAAACGUGGUGAGUGUGGCACAUAUUUCAACCAACAUUCAGACCUUCAUCAGCAUCAGAGAAUUCACACAGAUGAGAGGCCCUACAAAUGCAAAGAAUGUGGGAAAGCCUUCAGAUACAACUCAAAACUGUCACGGCACCUGAAAAUCCACACUAGGGAGAAACCGUACCUGUGCCAGGAAUGUGGACAAGCCUUCAGUCAAAACUCCCACCUCCUUCAGCAUCGGAAACUCCAUGGGGGAGAGAAACCCUAUGAAUGUAAGGACUGUGGGAAAACCUUUAGCUGCAACUCAAAACUUAUCGAGCAUCAGCGAACCCACACUGGGGAGAAACCCUUUAAAUGUAAGGAAUGUGGGAAGGCCUUCCGGUAUAGCAAUGACCGUGUCAUCCAUGAGCGAAUCCACACUGGGGAGAAGCCCUACGAGUGUAAGGAAUGUGGGAAAAGCUUCCGUUCAAAUUCAGUCCUGAUUCAGCAUCAGAGAAUCCACACUGGGGAGAAACCUUAUGAAUGUAAAGAGUGUGGCAAGGCUUUCCGCCGGAGUUCAGUAUUUCUCCAGCACCAGAGGUUCCACACUGGGGAAAAACUCUAUAAGUGUAAUGAAUGUUGGAAAACUUUCAGUUGUAGCUCACGCUUUAUAGUACAUCAGAGAAUCCACACCGGGGAGAAACCUUUUGAAUGUCAGGAGUGUGGGAAGGCAUUCAAUCAGAAAAUCACCCUGGUUCAGCACCAGCGAGUUCACACUGGGGAGAAACCCUACGAGUGUAAGGUGUGUGGGAAAUCUUUCAAAUGGAGCGCAAGUUUCAUUCAGCAUCAGAAACUGCAUACUAGGAAGAAACCUGCCCAAGUUACAGCGCCAUCCCUGAUUAAGCCCCACUGCCCCACUUCAGUCCUCUCCCCUCUGCCUUCCCAACAUGUGAACCCUGCCCCAGCCAUGCCAAGGUCUCCCACGUCUUCUCCAUGUGCAAUGCUGCUUCCUCCCUCUGUGCCUCUCUUCAUGCUGCUCCCCUCAUCUGAAGUGGCCAAGGCUUCACCUGUUCAAAUCGUGCAUUUCUUUCAGGAUCUUGCUUCCCCUGGCAAAUCAUCCCCUCAUAGCCUGAAUCCUUUAUCUCAUUCCCCAUGAGCUGUCUCAUAUUCUCAACUCCGUUGUCCCUCGAGUAGCAGACUUGCCUCUGGGCUUCUGGUCAUGUCUUUAAUGAUACUCCCCUGGUCUCCUCUAAGUAAGUUAUCAUUGUUUUCCCAGCUCCAUGUAAGUUCUCACACUUAAGGACCAUGUUUCAUUACCCUCUUCUAUUCCCUGGGUAGGAAAUGGUAGCAUUUGGUCUUUUUUGGGGAGGGGGGGAGCCAUGCCUCAUGGUUUGUAGGCACUCAUUUCCCAGACCAGGGAUUGAACCUGGGCCACAGCAGUGAAAGCCUAGACUCCUAACCACUAGGCCACCAGGGAACUUCCUGGAAGUACUCGCUCUUUAUCAUGCCUGGUUUGGGCCUAGCAUCAGUCCACUCCUGCCUUCUGGGGCUACUAGAGUUGGAAGAAUUGGUAGAACAUUUUGGGUUUUAGGGGGAUGGCAUUACAAUGAGAUGGGCCAUCGUAAUUCAACACGUAGGGAAAAUGCAAAGUCUGUGGGAGGAAGUAAUCAGAAAAAGUACCCAGUGAUUACUUUCAGGAUUUAAGGAGGGCCAUUUGGUGGGGCCAGUAGCAAAGUUCAUUGUGGGGAAUCUGAGCCUUGGGUUUUCUAUUAUCUUGAUAAUGACCAUUAUGAUGAUCUUGUGUAACUAAGCUAUAGUGCAGGGAAAUAAUCAGUGACAAAAAUAUGAUUGAAAGGGGAUGCGAAUUUUCUGUUUGGGUUUCUUUGCUAUUCCCAUCCGUAUCAUUGUUUACUUUUAGUGCCCACUCAACUACGUAGGUACAAAAAGUGACUUGGGCUUGUGUAAUUGAGGGCAGGUGCCGGGGUGUAUCUCUAAAUUGUACAUAGGGUGACCUUGUAGGCAUCACACUGGGGAACACCAGAGGGAAGAAGAGAAACCCAAUAGUGACUUGCUGUAGAUCCUGCCUUAGAAAGAGAGCCCAUUGCUGAUCAGUUACAAUACCUGCCCUUAACACAUUAUCACACCUACUCUACAUGCUCCAACAUUCAUUUAUGAGAGGUAGUGCUUUUGAAUUAAUUUCAUAAUGAACGACUUUGGUAACACCAAAGAGGAGAGUUUAAAGGACACUAAUCUUGGGACUUCCCUGGUGGUGCAGUGGUUAAAAAUUUGUCUGCCAAUGCAGGAGACACUCGUUUGAUCCUUGGUCCGGGAAGAUCCCACAUGCCACAGAGCAGCUAAGCCUGUGUGCCAUAACUACUGAGCCUCUGCUCUGGAGCCUGUGAGCCACAACUACUGAGCCCAAGUGCUGCAGCUACUGAAGUCCGCAUGCUUAGAGCCUGUGCUCUGCAACAAGAGAAGCUACUGCACUGAGAAGCCUGCACUGCAACGAAGAGUAGCCCCCAUUUGCCACAACUAGAGAAAGCCCAUGCAGUGAAGACCCAAUGCAGCCAAACGUUAAUCUUACCAGAUGUUAUGAUCUCACUGGCUUGGCCACACUUUCCAUCCAGUGGUUAGAGGCCCUCAACUUUCUCAGAAUCCCUGCUUCAGGACAGUGUAGUGACAUGGAAGGGUACUUUAAAUAAUUACGAGGGGAUAACUACUAAGAAAAUGAUAUGUACGUUGUUAUUAUAACACCAUACAAUUACAUCUGCAAGGGAGUGCAUAGAAAGGCGGUUUGGGUUUGGGUUUUGGUCAGGUUUGAGAUAUACUUUAUAGACAGUAAAAUUCACCCUUUUAAAGUAUACAAUUUGGUGAGUUUUGACAAAUGAAUACACUUGUGUAAUCGAGAUAAAGAAAAGUUCUAUUACCCCAAAAAGUUCCCUCAGCACAGGGAGAAAUUUAAAAGGUUGGCAGAAUGUUAAGGAUUUUUUUCUUUCUUUCCUUGAUAAAGUUUGUGCAAUACAUAGAAUUCAGGGGACAAAAAGGCAAAAACCAAAUUUACUUAACCAGGUGUGGUCAGAGCUUCCAGAAUACGCAAAGAUGCCUCAUCCAGAAUCAUUGUUAAGAAAAGUAGUCAAAAUGUAGGAAAAUGACAAUAACUGUGGUUUCUUUAUCCUAUUUCUGACACAUGCACAUAUAUACGUGUGUAUGUUUGUGUGUCAAAAACAUUUAUAAUAUUGUAUAUGUGUAUAUAUAUGUGUGUAUGUAAAUAUAUGUGUGUGUGUGUGUAUAAAUAUAUAUCAGUUUUGUUCUAUUUAUUUUCCCAAACACCAUUAAACAGGAAGGGGCUUAGGGCACCUGGGGGGAUUAUAGUAAUGAAGGGUGAGAGACUAAACUAGCCAGACUUCAGAAAAGGGGGACUUCUAAAUAUAGUUCGGGAGGGAGCAUAUUAUAUCAUGAGAAGAAAGCAAGGAGUAUAGGGAAAAAUAAACAGAUCUGCUCUGGGCUGAAAGUGGCUUUUGAGUGCUCACAGCCAAGAGACUUAUGGAUUUCUGAUUUUGGUGACUUUUAUUUUCUCAUUUAUAUCUUCCUUUAUUCAUUAAUUCAACAGGCAUUUAGAGUUUUCCCCUGUUGUUAAUUGAAUGUUAUUACACAGCCUCCACAGCACCUACUAGGUGCUAAAGGGUGAGUGACAUGCCAUCCUUUCUAUCGGAGGGACCAGCGUUGCCAGUGUCUGGCACUUAAUUAGACACUGCAGUUUUUUGGAAAACGGCCAUAAUGUAACUCACGGAAAGGACACGCAUAAAA